ACACCAAAUACAAAUGUCAAAAUAAAUUCCGUCGUGGAGUUCGUCGUGAAAAAAUUAUGUAAGGAUAAAUAAAAAUAAAGCGAAAUUCCAUGUUGUGAUAUCCACAAUCCUUUUUUAAUAUUCUAUUAUGCCUACUGGCCGUGCCGCAUUGUUUUUGCGGCGACUGUCGACGGGUGACAACAGAUUUAAAAGUAUAAAUCUAAACCAAAACACUACUAAAGAACCGCAUAUUUCCAACGUAGUUUGCAUUAAUAGGGAUUUUGGUCUGCAGAAAAGGGUCUGUUCAAUUAGCCAUAAUAAUUUAACAACUCUUCAACUGAAAAGGAGUAUCAGCGACACUAAGAUCAGAAUGACGACUCCAUCAGAUCCACCAGAAGCUGCAAAACCAAAACACACAAAUCGGCUGAUAUCCGAAAAGUCUCCAUACUUACUACAACAUGCUCAUAAUCCUGUACAGUGGUACCCUUGGGGUCAAGAAGCCAUUGAUAAAGCUAAAAGAGAAAAUAAAUUGAUCUUCCUUUCUGUUGGCUAUUCCACAUGCCACUGGUGCCAUGUAAUGGAAAAAGAAUCUUUUGAAAACGAGGAUGUUGCCAAAGUGAUGAAUGAACAUUAUGUCAACAUAAAGGUAGACAGAGAAGAAAGGCCUGAUAUUGAUAGAGUCUAUAUGCUGUUUGUUAUGGCCACAACUGGCAGUGGUGGUUGGCCUAUGUCUGUUUUCCUCACCCCUGAUCUAAAGCCUGUUACUGGUGGCACCUACUUCCCUCCUCAAGACCGUUGGGGCAGACCUGGAUUUAAAACUAUCCUUUUAAGUCUUGCUAAGAAGUGGAGAGAAAACCGUGAUCAAUUUGUAGAGGCUAGUUACAAUAUCAUGGAUGCCUUACAGAAAAUAUCUCUUGUGUCUGAAGGGGAGGCACAAUCAUCGGUUCCUGAUGAAGGAACUUGGGAUAAAUGUGUUCGCAGAUAUAUGUCCAUAUAUGAGCCAGAAUUUGGAGGGUUUGGCACAGCACCAAAAUUUCCUCAAGCUUCGAUUUUUAACUUUCUUUUCCACUAUUAUGCUCGGGACAAAACUCACCCAGAAGGCAAGAAAUGUUUGGACAUGUGUUUAUACACUUUGACGAAAAUUGCAAAAGGUGGUAUCCAUGACCAUGUAUCCAGUGGGUUUGCUCGUUACUCAGUUGAUAAUGACUGGCAUGUACCUCAUUUUGAGAAAAUGUUAUAUGAUCAGGGGCAAUUAGUGGUCGCCUAUACUGAUGCUUAUCUUGCAACUAAAGAUGAAUUCUAUGCAGAUGUGGUCCGCGACAUUAUUAAAUAUGUGAACAGAGAUUUGAGACAUGAGUCAGGUGGAUUUUAUAGUGCAGAAGAUGCCGAUUCGUAUCCUUCAUUUGAAGCAUCACAUAAGAAGGAGGGAGCAUUUUGUGUUUGGGAAUACCAGGAAUUAAAGUCUUUGUUAAAUGACAAAAAAAUUAAUUCAAUUUCUUAUUUGGAUAUAAUUUGCGACUACUUCAGUGUUGAAGAAGGAGGUAAUAUUUCACCAGAUAGUGAUCCCCAUGGUGAGCUGACAAAUAAAAAUGUUUUAAUUAUUUAUGGAAGUAAAGAAGAUACAGCUAAAAAGUUUGGUAUAACUCUUGAUCAGCUUGAAGAAGUCCUCAAAGAAUCUAUCCAAAUUUUGUAUGAGGAACGCCAAAAAAGGCCGCGCCCACAUCUGGAUUCGAAAAUAUUAUGUUCUUGGAAUGGUUUAAUGCUCUCUGGAUUAGCACAAGCUGGUCAAGGUUUGAGCGACAAAGAUUAUGUAGAAGAUGCCAUAAAGACAGCAAACUUUAUUAGAGAUCAUUUGUAUGAUGCAUCCAAUAAAUCAUUGUUGCAUUCCUGUUAUAGAGCCGAUGAUGGAUCAAUUGCUCAGACCGAGCAACCAAUCAAGGGAUUCUUGGAUGAUUACGCAUUUUUGAUAAAGGGUUUGCUGGACCUUUAUGAAGCGUCAUUAGAUUUACAAUGGCUUAAAUGGGCGCGCGAACUCCAGGAGACGCAAAACGAACUGUUUUGGGACUCAGAUAAAGGAGGUUACUUCACUUGUUCUGCAGAAGAUAGUACAGUGGUUUUGAGGUUAAAAGAAGAUCAAGACGGCGCCGAGCCAUCGGGCAAUAGCGUCUCCUGCCAUAAUCUGCAACGCAUCGCUGCCUAUGCAGACAAGAGCGCCAAGCCCGAAGGCGGAGAGAAAGAAAGGGACAUGGCUAAAAAGAUCCUCGUCACUUUCGGCAAACGGCUCAAGGAUUCCCCUACCGCGCUGCCAGAGAUGAUGUCGGCGCUUAUGUUCUACAAUGAUUCUCCUACUCAGGUGCUGAUCUCGGGCGGGUGCUCGGACCCGCGCACGCUGGCGCUGGUGCGCGCGGUGCGCUCGCGGCUGCUGCCGGGGCGCGUGCUGUGCGUGGCGGACCCCGCCGCCGACGCCGCCGGUAUGUCCGACAUACUGUUGAACCGCGUGAGGGCCUCCGAUGUGCCGACUGCUUACGUGUGCAGGCGGUACGCGUGCUCUCUGCCGGUCACUGACGUCAAGCAGCUAGAGAAUUUGUUAGACGAGUCACCUACUGCUGCACACGCCGCAAAGAAAAACUAAAGUUUCAUUCAUUAACAUUUCACCCGAUAACUAGCGUUGCCUUGAACAUUUUACUCCGCUAUGUUUCAAUUAAUAUAAUAAUUGUGGCCCCAAAACAUUAAAUAUUUACUGUGUAGUUAACAAUAAAAUUUUGAAUAAUUGUUUGUCAGGUCAUAUGUAAUCUCCAUGAAAUAGCAAUAAAAAUAAUUUUGAUGAAGUAUCAGCUUUUAGGAAGCCAUAAUAAUAAUACUUUUAUGAAAAUAGUCAUUCUAAGGUCUAAUAGUAAGUAGUUAUUAUUUAAAUAUUAUUUCGAUGUUGCUAGAUCUAGAUAACCGCUUAGUAAAUGGCGACUUGACAUUGUUUUAUAUCGCAUAUUUUAUAAAUUUGUUUAUUUGUAAGAAAAUUGUUCAAGGUUAAGCUAUUGUAGGUGUCGUUAACUAUGCAGAUAGAGUUGGUUUUAAUAUCUGAAUAUACAUCUUAAUAGCAUAUUAUGAUAAUUAAUAAUCAUAAAAAUUGGUUGUACUUACAUUACUAAAUGUAUUUACUAUAGGCAUAAGGGCCUUUUUCAUGACGUCGAUUACAUAUAAGACUAACAAGGCUCCCAAAUAAAUGCUAAUCAAAUGAGCUGUAUACACAUAGCUACUUAUCAUCUUGCAGUUAACAUUUGCUUAAACAUCGUGAAAGAAGUCUUAUAACUCAAAAAUCGAAUUCAUCAAAGUGCUGAGUGCUUAGCAUAAUAAUUAUAUCUUGUUACCAUGUAUCCAUUAGUCGCCUCGAAUCCAUUUAAUCAUUAGAAUGUAAAGUUUGUCUCGAAAUGUUCACACCCUAGUCAACAAAGAUAGUGAACUCGAUAGAUCUGGUAAAUAGCUCACAGAUUAAGAUAAAUCAUGCGCAAUAAAUUUGAAAAAAUAACAUUAUUUAACAUUCAAUUUGUAGCUAUUAAACGUAAGCGAACACUAUUCUAAUCUCUGAAAA